AUGCAAAACUCUUGGAGUACAGGUGCUCUCUUGGGCCUGCUGGCAGGUCUUGUAGUUGCCAGAGAUGUACCCUCAAAUGUGCAGUCGCUUUUUGAUGCAAUCAAGGCUAAAGGCAGCUGUACCAAUCAGCUGGCCACCGGAUUUUUCAGUCAAGAAAAGGACUCCAAAGAUUUCUCGUACUGCGGAGAUCACAUUACCGAUUCCGGUAUCAUUUACCUUCAAGGAAACGGCGGCAGUCUGGUAAACAUGGAUAUUGACUGUGAUGGCGCCCUGGGAAAAGGUGACGGCAGCUGCGAUAGCUCUACCGACACCCAGAGCCAGACUACAUUUCAAGACGAGAUUAGAAGCUACAAGAAAGGCAUAAAGGAUCUCAAUGCUUACGUCCACCCCUACGUUGUACUGGGAAAUGAGGGGAAAAAGAAAGGCUAUGUCAACUUUGACCCUCAGCAGUACGGUAUUGAGCCGCUCUCCAUCGUAGCCGUCAAAUGCGGCGAUCAGUUGAUUUACGGUGUUUGGGGCGACACCAACGGCGACGAUGGACCUCCUAUGGUAGGCGAAGCCUCGUUGGCCCUCGGUCAAGCUUGUUACGGUAAGGAGGUGAAUGGUAACAGUGCCCACGACGCCAAUGAUGUCCUGUAUAUCGCCUUUAGCGGCAAGGAUGCAGUUCCCGGAGCUGACGGGGCCAACUGGGACGCCAAAAGCUACGCUGAGUUUGAAGCGUCUAUUCAGGCCCAAGGUGAUCGUCUGAUUCAACGCAUCGGUGGUGGCGGAAGCAGCGGGGGCAGCCAGCCAGGUACGAAUACCGUGCCUACGUCUACCUCCAAGGCUACUAGUGUGGUCCAGUCUCCUCCGGCAUCAACGUUGAUUGCAUCCCCCAGCAGGGCUCCAACCUCACAUGCCACUGUCUCGACUUCCGUAUCCUCCGUUGGGUCUUCUUCAACAUCAGCUGCCGUGGCGACCGCGCCGUCUACUGCAUCAUCCUGUCCUUCUAACCCUCCUAUGCCGUCUUGCUCCUGGAGAGGCCACUGCGAAGGGUCCAAGUGCAAGUCUGACUCUGGGUGCUCUGACGACCUGGUUUGCAAGAAGGGCAAAUGCGCUAUAUAA